GUCAAAACCAUGACAUGCACACACAGCUGCAUCCUGGGCAUCCGGCGGUGAAGAGAUAAACACUCUAGAAUCAGUUUAACUCUGUUUCAGUCGAGCCUAAACCUGCUUCUCCUCCCGAGCUGACUGGAGAAGGACGGUGAAAGUCUUCUGGGAAGUGCAGAAAUUAAACACCAUGGAUGACAAGCAGCCAGGUCUUCCACCACGCAGACCAACUCUGAUUAAUAGAGGUUCUCCUAAACGAUUCUGUCUAAACACAGAGAAAAGAGUGCUUGAUGAAUACGGGAAAGUCCAAAAGUGGACUUACGGCGUAAAAGACACCAGCAGGCAAAGCAAAAUUGUUCUGCUGGUGGGAGAGACGGGCGCUGGCAAGACGACUCUCAUCAACACCAUGGUCAACUACAUACUGGAAGUGAGGUUUGAGGACGAAAUCUGGUAUGAAAUCACAGCAGAAGACGCCAGAGACCAAACAGAAUCCCAAACCUCCGAAAUCACCAUGUAUGAGGUCUUCCCGCGAAAAGAGCCGGUAUCUCUCACCGUCAUCGAUACCCCAGGAUACGGAGACACUAGAGGGCUGGAAAAAGACAUGGAAGUGGCUGAGAACUUGGCCGUUCUGUUCCAGAGCAACGACGGAGUUCGCGAAAUUGACGCCGUGUGUUUCGUGAUCCAGGCGUCCAAGAAUCGUCUUUCAGACAGACAGCAUUACGUUAUCAGUUCAGUCCUGUCUUUGUUCGGAAAAGACAUCGUGAACAACAUCGUGUUUUUAAUCACGCACGCCGACGGCAUGGAACCCAAAAACGUCCUCGGCGCUAUUCACAAAGCCAGAAUCCCCUGCAGACGGGACAAACACGGCCAACCUGUUUAUUUCUUAUUCAACAACCGGCAAGCCGAUGACCGGCAAACCGAGAGACGCUUCAGCCGUGUUCAAAGAAGAGCUUGGGAAGACAGCAUGGACGACAUGAAGCAUUUCCUUCGGUCUCUGGACAUAAAGAACAGAAGAAGCUUAGAGCUGACUUCGCACGUCCUGAUUCAGAGAAUUCGAUUCGGAGCGUUCAUCUCUAACCUACAGCUGCAAAUUCAAGAGAUGGAGCUGAAAAAGGCGGAAAAGGUGCAGAUUCAAGAGGCAAUGAUACAAAACAAGAAAAAGAUCGACGAGUGCAAGAACUUCACCUUUAUGCUCAAAAAGACGGUGAAGCUGAAGGUGCCCACUGAGAGCGCGUCGUGGAAGAACAGGAAGGCGACGACCUGCACCGUCUGCGAGGAAAACUGCCACGAGUUUGGCUGCUGGUGGGCCUCGGGUCCCAGCCGCUGCGAAGUCAUGAAAAACGGCUUCUGCACCGUGUGCACGCGCAGGUGCCACCACAGCCAGCACGUCAAACAAAACCACAAGUACAUCCUCAAACACUCCAGCAUAAAAGUGGAAUUCGACAACUUCCUACGAAAAUUCGAAAGAGCCGAAAAGAACUCCGAGACGUUUUCGGUCUUGAAGGACAGGCUCGACAAGGACCUGCAGGGGAUCGAGGACCAGAUCAUGAUUCUUCUGUUCAACGCUUACAGGACCAUCAGGCAGCUGUCCGAGAUCGCAUUAAAACCGGACUCCGCUUUCACUCUUAAGCAUCUGGACUUCUUCAUCCCCAGAGUGAAGGAGGCAGGGAAAGAAAACUGGGUCCGAGAGCUGGAGGAGAUGAGGAGGAGCGCCGAAGCUGAAGAAUCAAAUAAAGAUGCUCUGAGUUAUCUUCAGGCGGGGAUGGCACAUCUAGCGGUCGGCAAAGAACAAGAGCACACAGGACGGCUGAUGAACCAGGAAUAAUGAAGAAAACAGUUUGCAAUGAGAAAUAAAUGCAUCUGAAGAUAACGUUCAUGCAUUCAAGAGUUUGCGUUUAUGACAAACUCUUGAAUGUUGGUUCAUGUAAUUCAAUUCUGUAAAAUAAUCUGUGUACUAGACGGUAGCUUUAAUGUAAAAGGUCACAACUUCAAACACAAUUUUCAUUUUUUCAUCAGUCCUACAUACUUUUACAUUUCUAUUAUUACCGGCUGUCUGCUCGUCGGUCUCUGUGGCGCUCGUCUUAAACUCUUGUCAAAUAAAAACAUUGCGCUCUGCAAAGGUCUCACGUUCUUUUGAGUUCACUUACAAUGCACCAAGAAAUCCAGGUUCUGUGUUCGGUCUUUCGUUCCACCAAGAAACCUUUCGUCACAAAGAAUCAGGUUUUGCAAGCUAAUGCAGUGUUGCUCUUAGAAAUGCAAAACCUUCACAACCUCCGCGAAUGUUGUAUUAUACAGAAAUAAAUUCGACUCGGCUCAUACGCACGUCUACAUUUUAAACAGAAAUGCAAGGGGGUUAGAUAUUUAAUUUCUCAAAACACUGAGAUUUAAAGCAAACGAACGAUUUGACGCAUGAUAACGGUGAAUUUAAACGGCUGUGUUUGCCAAAUUAAACAAGUGUCGUUAGUUUAGAACUGUGUGUAGAGUUUUGCAGAUCGGUCUCAGGAUCAGACACGAGUGGAUGUUUUUCUUUGCGCUGUGGUUUUUCAGAGAAACCAUUUGAUUUGUUCCGCUGCCUGCAGAAAGGAAACGAAACCAAUUCGGUCUUCAUAUGCAAUUUUGCCCUUAGUCACAUUUACGUUUAUUUUUUUGAUUAAUCCCACCUAAUGUUAAAGUCUUUAAAUAUGCUUUUUAUAUUGCAAUAAUUUCACAUUCAAUCUUCAAAUUAAGGUAGAAACAACCAUUAAAUGAGUCAGAAAGGCAUGACACACAUAAGAGAGUAUAAUGCAGACACAGAACAAAAAACACAGAAAAUUAAAUCAUGCACUAUACAGUAAAAGUAAUAUAAUAAUGAAGUAAAAAUAUAAGCAU